CUUCAUUUUUCUGUAACUUGGUUGAUAAUGAUGCCAUUUUCAUUCUACUGUAAUACUUCAAUAACAACUUCGCCUCACUACUAUUCACACUUCCUCUUUAAGUAAUCCUUUCAAACUGAAAGCCCGACUUCUUCUCGUGUCAACUUCAGCUCUACCAGCAACCAGCAAGUAACGUAUGGCUACAUAAUUAAAGGCCCGAAAGAACUCAGUCCUGUCCUUAUUUUUCCAGCAACUUUAUUGUUCAACAUUUGCAUGCAACUUUUGAGCUUUCCAGAGAGUGGGUUGAUCCUGAAUGAAGUUGAGAAUGAACGGCUUAGAGAGAAGCAGAAGGUGGAAUAAUCUAAAACAACGGUUGGGAUUUAAGGGGAUGGGGUGCUGUGGAGCCAUUUGGAGCCGAACCAGAAUUCAAACCAUCACAAAUAUCAUUCAACCAGAACCAGAAGAGACUCGUUUACACAUACAAAAUCAUCAACAAUCAGCUGCUGCUGCUGCUGCUGGUUCAGUGAUGAACCUGGCAAUGGCGCUAGCAGCUGAGCGUAAUUUACGGGAUGGGGACAAUGCGGUGGGUCCUCGUAAGAAAGAUGCUGUAACGGUCAAGUCGUUGCUGAUGUUGAUUGAAGAAACGGACGGUGAUGAUUGGAAGAGGAGAAAAAGUGAUGUAGGAGUAGAAGCUGGGAAAUUAAGCGGAGGGAAUGAUUGGGUGUGUUGUGUGUGCAUGGAAAGGAAUAAAGGCGCAGCUUUUAUUCCAUGUGGACACACUUUCUGCAGGGUUUGCUCGAGGGAAUUGUGGCUCAAUCGAGGCUCUUGCCCCAUUUGCAGCCGUUCGAUUCUUGAAAUCCUUGAUAUUUUUUAGAUCCUGUUUGUCGUUUGUUUUGCUACCAAAUGAAAAUUAAACACAAAUCCAUAACCCUAUAAUUUGCCAAUAUCAGCUCUUUUCCAUUUUGUUGUGUAAACCUUUUCUUGGGCCUAAUUAAUUGGAAAUGGGCAUAAGUUU